UGUAACGGUUGUCACACAGAAUUUGGACUCUUAUUUAAGUAAAAUGUUCAGCAUGUGUGUCGUUCUGCUCGUCUGUUCCAGCAUCUGUACAGUUGUUGCAGGUGCUCAUGUAGUCACAGGACACAGAGGAGGGAGAGCAAACAUCAGAUGCCCAUAUGAAUCUGGAUAUGAAUCAAAUCCAAAGUAUUUUUGUAAAGGCGAGUGUAAAUUUGGAAAUAAAGUCAUCAUGGUUAAAUCAGGAUCUCCAGCUAAAGACCAGAGAUUCUCUCUGAGUGAUGACAUGACGGCCAGAGUUUUCACCGUCACCAUCACUGAUCUGAGAACUGAGGAUGCAGGACAAUACUGGUGUGCUGUGGAGAGGACUUUACCUGAUGUCUAUUCAGAGAUUUUGUUGCUAGUUAAACAGGUUAAUAAGACCACUGAGGUUUCAACUAUCAGUCCUUUUUCAACCACACCAUCAUUUUUCAGCAAAACAGAACCAAAUCCACAAUCUACCAGCAUCACAGAUCAGCACACAUCAACAAAUCUGGCUUCUGUCGCCGGCGGUCUGGGUUCGGUUCUGCUGGUUCUGGUUCUGUGUUCUGGAACGUUCCUCAUCCUGAAAAAGAGGAAAAGGAAAUCUGGGACAGCUUUAUUUCAGCAAAAUGUGCAGCACAACACGGAGAGUGUCCACAUGGAUGAGAUUGCAAACAGUGACCCUGGACCCUCUGAUGUCAUCGCUGCAGCAUCUUCAUCCAAUCAGACGCCUGCAUCACACCUCAACACCCGCCCACAAGUCUCUACUGUUUAUGCCACAGUAACCAAUCAGAAGCCUGAUUCAAAUCCCCGUCACACCCACUCGACCAAUCCGGUGAUGGAUACAGACUGGGAUUAUUAUGUCAAUAUUAAGUCUCCUGAACCAACAACAGACAGCAGGACAGAAGUGAUCUACGCAACAGCGACACAUUCGCAAAACAUCACACCACAUCCUCAAAAUGUCACGACAAAUGACGGCCCGAUAUAUUCAGUGAUCAAACAUAAAUAAAAAAAGGCUGUUAAAACGUCUUCCACAGACUUUUCCACUGGUGUUACAAUUGGGAAAAAAUACAAUACAAUUGGUACAAGCUACAUAUUGUAAUGCAUCUAUUUUCUGACACAUAUUUAUGAAUUUGCCUGAACCAACAACAGACAGCAGGACAGAAGUAGAUACGCAACAGCGACACAUCCUCAAAAUGUCACGACAAUCGAGACUAUGAUAUAUUCAGUGAUAAAACAUGAAUAAAAAGGACUGUCAAAAUUUGUUCAAGUAAAAAAAAAAAAAAAGUUUUUGACAUUUCUGUACAUAACAGAGUGUAACUAAAGUGUACAAUGUAUAACGUUAAUAGGGUA